AUGAGUCCAACCAUAGUCCAUUCCGUCGUCCUCUUCGACGGCAACACUACUCAUUCAGAUGCCACUGUCACAUUUGACCCGGCAAGCGGGAACAUCACAUCUGUCUCUACUUCAAGCAACGGUCAAUUUCCGGAAGGAGCGACCAUAAUUGACGGGAGCGGCCACACUCUGAUACCUGGCCUCAUUGAUUCGCAUAUUCAUGUCUUUGCUAUUCACUUACCUGCUGGUGAGGACGAGUCCGAGAUACUACGUUCACCCCUCAGAUGCGGUGUGACCACCUUGUGCGACAUGCACUCCGAUCCGCCCACGGUACGACAGCGAUGGCAAGCUAUUGCGGACGACCUCGAGCAGGCCAGAAAAUCCAAUAGUACGGUAUCCCUGUCUGAUCUCAAGAGCUGUCUCUAUGGGGCAACCAUCGAAGGCGGGUGGCCGAAACCUAUUGUGCUGGGUCAUAAUCCGUCUGAUGAGCUCAAAGCUUUCGUGGAAACCUGGCCCAAAGUGACGGUCGAGAAUGCACCAGACUUCGUCAAGAACCACAAAGCAAAUGGGGCAAACUACAUCAAGCUCAUGCAGGAAAACUGCUGUUCACUGGCUCUUCCGACGGAUUCUAUUCCCGUCGCUACUCUGGAAAUGCAAACGGCAGUGGUCAAGGCUGCUCAUGCGGAGGAUCUGCCUGUGGUUGCUCACGCUUUGAGUGCUGAUAUGACUGAAGUGGUGCUGAAGGCUGGAGCUGACGGCCUCACACAUACCUUCGUCGAUCAGCCGCCUCCACAGAAUAUCAUUGACCUCUACAAGCAGACACAAGCUUUUGUCAUCCCGACAUUGGCCGUUUUGAGCUCCUUGACAAACGAAAUGCAGGAUUGGAGAGAUGAAUUCACAGAGAUCGCCAGGAAAAAGGGGCUCGUGAAUGAUUUCGCUCUGCAGACGAUGAAGGAAAGUCUGGCCAUGAAAGAUUCCGCAGCUAAACUAGAGUAUGCAUUUGAGACGAUCAAAAAGCUGAGACAGGAAGGUAUCGAUGUCGUUGCUGGGACGGAUUCGUCGGCUGGGUUGAAAGGCACUGGUCUCGGACCCAGCCUGUGGAUGGAAAUGCUGCUGUAUGUCGAGAAGUGUGGCAUGAGUGUAACAGAGGUGCUGCGCUCCGCUACAGCACUGCCUGCGAAGAGGUUCGGCUUCGAUGACCGCGGAGUGAUCGCCGAGGGUAAGCGGGCUGAUCUCGUGCUGGUGAAAGGCAACGUCACCGAGGAUCUGCGGGCUCUGUGGGAAGGUGAAGGCAUUGUGACCGUGUGGAAGCAGGGUCUCAAGGCUGCUUAG